CGGGAUGCGGAGGUCUAUCUAUCUACACGAGGCAGUCCCUAGGUACUGGUGCCGAGCCAGGCGAACGGAAUGAAUUGCACCUGACUGCACCGGCGUACCACAAGGGAUAACGAGUGUACACGAGGCGGGAUACUCUCAUGGCCUGGACCAGAUCAGAUAGUAUAUAGCGCACCAGGGGCCACAGAUGCGUUCGAGCUGUUCAAGGUCGCCAGGUUCCACGAAAUUCGCCCACGGGUGUGGUCGCAGCGGAAGCUAUGCUGGAGGUGCAUCUCACGGUACCGCCGGCACAAGAGCCCAUCGCACGAUGUCGACUCCGACGGCACCCCAUCACCCGACAGGCCACAUUUUUCCUUUCGCUCACGUCCUGUCUCCCGGUCCCGCUCAAGGUCGCGCGAUCGAGGCAGGCGCGAGUCAGAGUCUGAGGAUCCAAUUCCGGACUCAAUGCAGCUGCUCACAUGGAACGUCGACGCCAUGGCGGACGGUUGCCAAGACCGCAUCGUGACGAUCCUCACGUACGCCCAGCACAAGCUAUUCAAGUGUCCAAACGGCGAGCAGCCCGAGCCGUGCUGCAUUCUCCUGCAGGAGGUCCGGCAGGACGCGCUUCCUGCCAUCCUCGACCACAAGUGGGUGCGCGACCACUUUGUGGUCUGUCCGACGAAGGCCGAGCACUGGCCGGGAGGUGUAGGGUAUGGGAACGUGACGCUCGUCGCGCGCACCAUCCCCGUGGUGGGCGCCUGGAUCAUGGAGUACGGCUAUUCUGCCAUGAAGCGCCACGCAUUGAUUGUCGACGUCCGCUUAAGCUCCCACGCGUUGUCCGAGGGUGCUGCGGGUGGGGAGGAACGCGAACUGAUGCUGCGGAUUGCGAACGUGCACCUCGAGUCGCUGACGCAAGGGGCGUCGUUCCGCCCGUGGCAGCUGCGAGACGCCGUUGACUCGCUAACGGGGGGAGCCGUGGAUGGGGGCAUAGUCGCAGGCGACAUGAACGCGAUCACGGCACAAGACUGGGGCCUGCCUGCGUGGGCAGGCUUGGCGGACGCGUGGCGGGGUCCUGAAGACGGCAGGGGAAACACAUGGGGUUACCAGCCGCCGACGAAGGAGUUUCUGCCCGGAAGGCUGGACAAGAUACUGUAUUUGCCCAAUGGCGAGAUCGAGGUGGACACACCUGGGAGAGUUGGGGUCGGAGCGAAGACGGCUGGUGGACAGUGGGCCAGUGAUCACUUUGGACUGUUGGCCACCGUUCGCUGCGCGCUGCGUUGAGACGCCACACUAGGCCUAUACUUACUCUACGCGUAGGAAAUUGGUACUUGGCUGCUACCGCGUAGACCAUCAUGAUAUACCCGUCACGAGGCCUCGGUUUUCAUUCAAAGUUCAGAUAGGAGAGAUGGCCCCGUGCGAUUGUUACUGGGCUGGGCGGGCGUCGGAAUGCGCUAGGAGGGGCGGACCAGCGGCUGGCCAUCGUCGCCAGCGUCACCCACGGCGAGCUCGAGGAUGCGCUGCCGUGACCUGUCUGACCAAUGUGUCGCAAUCUGCUGAUGGACGAUUCUCGAAG